AUUUGCCAAAAGAAAAAAAAAGAAGUAAAAGCAGUCAUUGACAAAAAAGAGAAAACAGUGAGAUGAGAUCUGCGUAAUAGCAUGACAAAAAAAAAAAAAAAAAAAAGUUUGCGUAAUAAUAAACACUAAAAAAAAUGAAAUGAGGGCGAAGUUGAGAGUCAGUAGCAAUCCCGUUUGAAAAUGCACGGUAGGCCUCGCAAAGCGUUGAAGGAAGAAGAUGCAGCUGCUGCUUCAGCCAAAGCUGAAAAGCUUCGUUCAGUCCAAUUGCAGUUCCUCGCCAAUCACCACAAUCGCAUAUAUAGCAAGGAAGCACUAGAUGUGAGCGCGAAGCUUCUAGAAGUUAAUCCAGAGUGCUACACUGCUUGGAAUUACAGAAAGCUCGCCGUUCAACACCUCCUCUCUGACUCCGAUUCCGAUCCUUACUCUCUCUUCGACAACGAGCUCAAACUCGCGGAGAUUGCGUUGAGGAAGAAUUUCAAGUCUUAUGGUGCGUGGCAUCAUAGAAAAUGGGUACUAAGCAAGGGGCAUUCAUCCAUAGACAACGAAUUGCGUCUUCUCAAUGGUUUUCAGAAGGCAGAUCCUCGAAAUUUUCACGCAUGGAAUUAUCGAAGGUUUGUUGCUUCACUGAUGAAACGAUCAGAUGAGGAUGAGUUGAAAUACACGGAGGAUGUGAUAGGGGCUAAUUUCAGUAAUUACUCUGCGUGGCACAAUCGUAGUUGGCUUUUGUCUAAUUUACUGAAAAGUAAGGCUGAAGGAUAUUUCCCUAAAGAAAAAGUUUUGAAAGAGGAGUUUGAGCAUGUCCACAAUGCUAUUUUCACCGAUCCAGAUGAUCAGAGUGGAUGGUUUUAUCAUCUUUGGCUUAUUGAUCAAACUGUGAAAACUGAUGCUCCUCUACUUGUUUCAUCUUGGCCUUCCCAUGGAUCUAAUAUAACCCUAAAUGGGAACAACUUCCCAAUCCUUCUUUAUUUCAAUCAAGCUGUUGAAGGCAUAAACACAUUCACAGUGGCUAUUAAAUCUGAAAUUUUAAAGGAGGAACUUGUUUGGAAACCACUUUCAACAAACAAUUCAAAUACUGCUCAAGUUUGGGUUGCAUAUCUAAACCUUGGAACUAUGGAGCUUCAACUGUCAAAAACUUAUUCUGUAGAGAUCAACAUUGGACAUUCUAAGGGUAUUGUAUCUCCAAGCGGAAAUCACUACGGUGAUCCUUCCCAAAUUUCCUUUAAAGUGUUUGUACAGCUUCCAUAUACUGAACCUACUGAAGGACAGGGUGGAAAAAGGACUAUGUGGAAUGAUAUAAAUUUCCAAAAAGUUGAUCAUUUUCAGGAAUCAAAUUCAAUUGUUUCUUCUGAUCAAAAUCACCUUAAUCCAACAAUAUCCAAUUGGUGCAUGGAGGAAAUUAAUGAAGAGAUAACUAAAUUUCGGGACUUAUUGUCAGAGUAUGACUGUAAAAUUGGAAGGCUUACUCUUGCAAGACUUUUGAGUGCUCUUGAUUUGUUAUCAUCUCAACACGAUAGAAGAAAAUCUCACAUCGAAGAAGUUCUUCAACUUUACACUGAUUUGAUGAAGUUGGAUCCAACACAUUCUCUAUACUAUAAGGAUGAGCGUAGUCGGACGUUACUUCAGCAGAUAACUUCAACCAGGGAGUCUUUACUACCAUACUGCCACUAUUAUAAAGAUGCAACAGAAGCAAUCACUGGUUAUGUCUGUCUACGAUUACAGAAUCUAUCAUUGUCACGGAUGGGGUCUGUUGAGAAUUUAUUGUGGGUGCAAAUGCUAGACCUUAGUCACAAUGAACUUCAAUCCAUUGACGGGUUGGAGGCCAUGCAGCUUCUAUCUUGCUUAAAUCUGAGUCAUAAUAAACUUGCUAGUUUUACUGCUUUGGGGCCUCUCAGAUUGCUCAAGUCACUUAAAGUGUUGAAUAUCUCAUACAAUGAAUUAGGCUCUCACUCAAUUGACACAACAAGAUAUUUAUGCUCUUCUCCUUUAGCUCAUACUGAAGAAUUUGCAUGGGACCGUUUUGAAAUCCUCAUGGGCAGCAUUGGUGCUGCAAAAUUUUGGGAAGCUUUCUUGAUACUUGGAAGCUUGAAAUUGACUGAGUUAAACAUAACAGGGAAUGCAGUAGCUGAUGAGAACUUCAGGUCAUUUUUUGUCAAAGUUUUGCCAACACUCAAGUGGCUAGAUGAUGAAGAAUUAUCUUGACCAAUCUUGGCUUCUAAAGAUACAGUUUUAUCUUUCUGGUAUAAUGAAGAUAUACUUCUGCACCCAGCAGAUUGUUCACUCAUUGGGUAAACCUGUCCUUGACAAAGGACAUUUUUUAACCCGUUUCACAUUUGGUCCUUGUUUGCAUCAGGUGCUGGACUGCUAGUAUGGUUACGCUAUUAAAAGUGGGUAACAUUUUUAUACUGUCUAUACAAAUGCCAACUACGGCUUUGAGGAGUAAUACGACCUUCCUGUUCAAAUUUCUAUGCUUUGCCUUAGUCAUGAAGGAGAAGAUGCAGUUUGUACGGUUCUUAAGCAUGUACAACUACAACAUCUUUGAUAUUUGCCAUGUUAGCCUUUAAUUUCGCUCAAUUUAUAUAAUUUUUGGUGCACUGACAAAUGAAGAUAUUUUCAUUCUAUUGUGAAGGAUGAAAGAAUCAUUUUUGUGUAAUCAAUCUCUCAUCUUCCCUCUACCUUGUAUUGCGAACAAGACAUGCUUAAAACUGUGAUUAUGACUUGCUGGCCUUGCUAUGAGUAAAUUGAUUUUACGAAUCAAUAGAAAAAAAA